AUGAAAGGUGAAAUACAAAGUGUAGACGAGAAACAAUCGACUCGCCAAUGGAAAAAUGACGGACGAAACGAUGACUCGGCGAUUGUUGUACCUCGCGAUGUAGACAUCUCAAAUGUUAGAGAAGGAAAAUCAACAUCAAAAGGCACUAUGGUGAAGAGGAAAAAGUGGACACAAAGACAAGGGGCAAGAAAGGCAACUACUAGUCAAGCAAAGAAGGUGAAAAUAGAGAUUGGUAAUAGACAAUUAGUUGAUGUAAUGAACAUUGAUGGUACGACUAAGGGAUGUAGAAGUGGUGAAAAUAAGUUAAAAGACCGGGCAGUAGGUAAGAUUACAAAUGAUUAUGAACCAGAGGUGGUGUUGGAACAUCAACACCGCCUACAACAAUGA